AUGAACCAGAACCGGGAGCACCAGAGCCCCACUGCCGAGGCGCAGAGCCUGGCUGUGGACAGCCAAAAUGGCCAGUCCACCACAACCACCCCGGAGAUCGAGGACCAACCUCUCCUCGAUCACCACCUCCACCACCAAGAGGAAGAUCUCCUGCUUGAGCAUCUUUUCCAGCCCCAUUGCGUUGAGUCCGAGUCGCACUUGGGCUCUGACAGUAGUACUGACGUGGAGGACAAGUACCUCACCCCUAACCGACAUGCUGGGAAGAACGAGAUUUACAUAAAAGAGACGAAAACUCGCAUCACCACCACGACCACCACCGUCGAGCUCGUCACCACCAAGAAAAUAUUCGGCAGAAAGGACGGCAUCUACAAGGCCACCAAAGUCACUGUCGACACAACCCAUAUUGCAGGCCCCCACACACAACGUGAGGAAGACGUGAUUGAGAAGACCGAGUCGGGCUGGAUCACCGACGACGAGGCCGAGGACGAGGGCGACAAUUUCGCUCCUGGUGGCGACAACACCACCAGCGUCGGCCACGCCGGCAACUAA